AUGGCGGCUGCCAGUGGGUAUACCAUUUUGGAUCAGAGGCUGGAUCACUACAAAGAAAUCGUCUCCAAGAAGAAGGAGGAGAAGGACAUGACCAAGGGGUUCCUCCUUGACUUUUUCAAGAUCCUUGACCCCAAAGGCCAAGCCCAUCUGGCACAGGACGUCUCAGGAUGUGCAACCGACGAGCUCCUCCGACUACUGGUCAAAAGCCUUACCGAUUGCCUGUUGGGUCCCAUGAAAGGAGCAGGCGGCAAAACAUCCUCUAAUCCAACCCCAAUGGUUCCGCGGCUGGGUAUCGAGGACUCAAUCGACAACAUGGUGGCGCAAGACCAUGAUCCGGUCACCAGGGGUGCCCAGAAGGCACUCCGAAGGAACUGUAUGCAAAGAGACGGCUCUAGAUGCGUCGCAUCACGAGCCUGGCAAAACGGUCUUGAGAAUAUCCCAGAUGAUGACGACACGGCCAAUCUUGAAGCUGCCCACAUUCUUCCCUUCAAUCUUGGAUCCUUCAAUCGCAAUGACUCGCAAGAAGUUCUGAAACAUGCAAAUACCUGGGUGAACAUCAACCGCUACUUUCCGACUCUUAAGACCAUGUCAUUUACCUCGGAACAUCUCAAUGCGGAGAAAAACGCCAUGAUGCUGGACAGAACGCUUCACUUCGAAUUUAGUGCAUUCAGGAUGUGUUUUGUAGCAACCGGCAUCCGCAACCAGUACCACAUAAAGACUUUUAAAGACAUUCCGUCGCAAGCACUCAAAUGUCUACCUACUAAUCGUCUUGCGACGUUCCAGUCACACAGCGGAAGCUGGGAACUCCCGGAUCCCGAGCUCCUAAGAAUCCAUGCCCAGCUCGCAGAAUUUUUCCACAUGAGCGGCCACGGAGAGAGGAUCGACAAAAUCCUCAGAGAUUAUGAAGAGCUCGGAGUUCUUGCUUCCGACGGAAGCACAAACGUGGAGGAUCUGCUUGCGAUCCGCUUGUCGUCUCUUCCCCUCAAUGUUAGAGAGCGAUCUGAUUCUGAGUCAAAGCCAUCAGGAAAGCACCCUCUUUCCAAGGAGCAAGGAGGUCCGUCGGAAAAUGUCAGGCCGAGAUCCGACUCUGAGUCUAAGGCGUCUGGAAAGCAUGUUGCGCCCAAGCGAGGAGGCCAGCAACCAAGCCCCUCCGGCCCAGAGAACAAGCCAUAG